AUGAGUUGGUUCGAUGCCUCAGGAUUCGCCAAUUUGGCAAAGUCCGCUCUAAAAGAAGCGCAGAAGACAAUCGACAAAGCAUUGGACAUAAAAGAAGAAGAUCAACAGCAGCAAAAAGUCGCCGAGUCACCAGUGAUAGACGACUCUAAUUUUUUCGCCGCCUGGGGCAUAAAAAACGAGAGCAGUGUACCAGCAAUCCAGCAGACUAGCAGCCUUAAACAAGACUCCAGCAUAUGGGGUAGUUUCACGGGUUCCUUUUUCGAGCCACCGAAAACAUCCGACAAGAGCAAAAGCUCCAGGUCGCUCCGCGAGGUCAGUGACCAAAGCCUAGACACUUGUUUAGUGACAUCCUCAGUGUCUCUUCCGGACAACUUAGCAAGCGUCCAAAAUAAAUCUCCCUCCAGCUCGCAGUCUAUUGACCUCGACGCCGAGUCUACAGAAGAUGACACUGACAAGACGGCCCAGAAGAAAGACAGCAAGGAUUUUUCAACGUCAGACUCUGCUUCAAAAACUGCUUCGGACUCCGAGAUAGAGUCUCCUAAAAGUUCUGGCGAGAAACUGAUCUACAGUCGCCAUCUGGUGAACAGAGUCUCACUGCUGUCUUCUGAGAGCGAUAAAAAAAGCUCAGAGAGCGUGGAGAUCCUCGGGUCCAGAUCUGCUACUAACACAGACUGUACAACGACGCCAGACUCGGAAAUAGUUUCAGCAACCGACUCGCCAAGUCUUAGUCGCUCGACUUUGGACUUGCAGAGGAAUUCUGAGUCCGUGGAGAUUUUACCGGACAGCUUGGUGACCAGUCCCAGCUCUGUGGAGAUACUAGAGGACCCUUCCAAGACGGAGAGUCCAUUUUUGUCCCCAAUGGGUUACAAUAAAUCGCCAGAUGCUGCCACGACUUUUUUUGAGCCAGAAUCUGAGUCGUUGAAAAAUUCUUCAUCAGACAUUUCGCCUUACGCGUCGCCGAUGGAAGAGUCUAAGAGUUUGAGGCUAGAAGACACUGAAAAUACUGAAGAGCUGACUCCAAUAAGUCAGCUUCAAUCUUUCUCAGUUGGAUCUUUGGAGAAAUCCAAUUUAUUCGCUCUGGAAACUUGUCAGACCAUUGAUGAGUCGGAUGAAAUAAGCCAGGCAGAAGACUCCUAUACUUCGGCUUCAGAGAGCACCAUGAUGACGAUUAUGGAGAAUUUUCAACAGCAACUGGACCAAUCUAAGCGGCUACAUGAUAGUUCAGAGUCUGCAAAGUCUACUUGUAUUACUUCAGCUAGUAGUCAAUUAGAGUCUAGUCAAUUGGACUCGCUGAAAGAUGUUAAGCAGAGUCUGUAUUUGUCCUUGGAGCCUAUCACAACUCAGCCGAUACGCAAGGUUGAGAGUCUGGCGGAAAAAAUUGACAUUGACUUGGUGAAGACGAUAGAACCUCUUAGUUCAGAAGCUGAUAAAUUGAAGAGCCAGCUUUUGCAGGAGUUUGGAGCUCCUGAUCAACUCGGCUUAACUGAUUCUAGUUGUGAAGGAACUUUGGUGGAUACAAGCUCGGAUGAAAAUUCGACGGUUAAGACGAAUAAAGAGGUGAAUUCUGAAGAAGAGGGGUCAUUGACUUCUAGCUCGUAUGUUAAGAAUAUGCUCGCGGAUGCUAUGGUGGAGAAAAAUGAAAUACUCGCAGAUUUGGAAAGACAUGAUAUUUCGCAUCGAGAACAUUCACCUAUUUCUUCGGAAAGUCGCUCGGAUUUAGUUAAAAUAGGAUCGGAUCAAGCGAGUGGUCAUACGAGUGGUGAUGAACUAGAAACCACAACUUCUAGUGAUAUUGAAAUUAUUUCCAGGUACAGUCCAAAUGGCGAUUCGAGUUCAACGCAAUCUCGCCAAAGUCCAGCGAAUCUCCACUCGUGCAAAAGCGGAGAUCUUUUAACAAAAACAUUGAAAACUCGAGGUCACAGUCGUGAGCUCAGUGAAAUCAGUAUUGGAUCUGACGACGGUAUUAACGAAAUAGACAAACUUCGAAAACGUAUUCAAGAAUUGGUAGAGAUAUUAGAAGUAAGAGAGUCUAAAUUAAUCGACGUGAGUCGAAUGAACAUGGAUUUACACGAGCAAAAUAACCAUUUGAAAUUGCAAGUAGAUAAUUGGGAAAAGCGAGCGCAGCAGAAUCAAGACGUAAAUUUGAUAGCAGACGAGUAUACGCAACGUAUGUCAGUAUUGGAGAAAAAGUUUCAGCAGACUAUCAGAGAGCGUGAUUUGCUGAAAGACCAGGUUGAGAGUUUGAAGAAAGAAUUAUCAGACCAAUCUUCUUCGCUGAAUGCUGAGAAAGACGAGAUUAUAAAACAGCUGAGAGAGGAGGGAGAGAAGCUGAGUAAACAGCAGUUACAGCACUCGAAUAUUAUUAAAAAAUUGCGAGCCAAAGAAAAGGAAACAGAAGCUACUUUGAAGAGCCAGAAGGAACAGUUGGAGGAGCAGAGCUCGGAAUUAGACCGACUGAAAAGGUCGCUUAAUGCCAAGGAGGAGGUGGAGAGGAGUCAAAUAGAAGCUGUUCACACGCUUACUGCUAAAGUUAAGAAACAGGAGAAGGAAAUUUUGUCGCUGCAAGAGAAGUUGGAUAAUACGACGCAUAAGAUGAAUGCUUACAAAACGAGUCUCGACGCGGCAAAAGUUGAAUUGGCUGAGACUAAAUUGAAUUUCAAUGCCGCUGAGGAGGAGUUGAAGCAAGUGUUUGAGAGCGCUGGGGAGUCGUGUCGGCUGUCGGCUCAGGUUCAAGAUUUGAAAGUUAAAUUGCGUCAAGAGGAAGAAAGCCACGUUAAGAAAAUCGAGGGAUUGAAACAGGAGAACAACGACCUGUUGAAGCGUCUCGAGGCAGCUGAAGCGAGGAGCGAAGAGCUUUCAGAAUCGGUUUCGCUUGCCACAAAACCUCUUCUUCGACAGCUUGAGCAACUACAAUCGAAUCUGACGUAUAAAUCUAAUAGCUUCAUGAAACAGGAGAAGAUACUGUCGGAUACGAUUGAUGAAUUGCAAACAAAGUUAGACAGUAUGGUUGCGACUGAUCGAUCACACGUCGAGGAAAAUAUUAAUCUGAAGUCUAGAAUUGCCUUGCUGGAGUCUCAGAUAAAAAGAGCUGAGGCUGAGAGGCUGAAAUUGGAGGAGUUGUGCGAGGAAACAAAAUUAGAAAAUAAAAAACUUGUUGGGGAUGUAGAAAAAUUGAUGAUGAAGAUUAAAAAUAUUGAAAAAUCGCAUGCGGAAGAGGUGAAAGAUUUUAAACGCGAGAUUGAGUCGCUUAAAGAUAAACUGUUUAUGGAGAAGGCUGCCAGUGAUGCUGAGAAAAGAAAAACUAGCAAUGUGUUGGAACAUCAGCAGAGCACGGGUGAAGAAUCACGCGUCAGUCCGACUUCUAGUGUCAGGAGAGACUCGAUUAGCAGUACUAACAGCGUCUGGUUGGCUUUCAAUGAUUCGAUAUUCGAUACAAGCUCUGGACGGUUUCCAAAUGUGUACGACGGACUGAGAACUAGUACAAACACAACAUCGACCAUUGAAACUUUGCAAGCACAGUUGAAAGCUCGGGAAGGUGAAAUACAAACACUGCAAUGGGAAAUGUCACGUAAAAAUAAUGAACGCGAUGCGCUAAAUAUGGAACUAUCCAAUUUGUCGAUGAAAGUUGAGGAAUUGUCGGCUAAAUUGGUUCAGGUUGAGGCGCUCAAUGCUAAUUUAAGUGAAAUACAAACUAGGUACGACGCUUUGCUUCAGAUGUACGGAGAAAAAGUUGAAGAGACUCAGGAACUUCAGCUGGACCUUGAGGACGUUAAAGAGAUGUAUAAAAGCCAAAUUGAUCAGCUUUUGAGAAAAGAGUCUUAG